CACGAUCUCAUAUAACUAGUACAGUCAGACGUUAAAGAUUGAUUAUUUAUCCUUUAGCAAUAAAUAUUGAAUAUUGUUAUAUUAGCAAUGUCUACCCCGUUAGAAAUUAACAGCACCAUUGGCACUAAUAUUUUACACGAAGUUGCUCAUCACCUUCCGGAAGAUCACAUUAACUCGCAGCCCUUAACCCUCACGGACUCUUCAGAUAGCCAAUAUCUCGCCUUACCCGGCACUGUAUCUGAUCAAACCAUUGAGGCAGUUCCGUAUUACGAAGAUUUGGAAGACCUCGGGAGAAAAGAGGAAGGAACACUUUAUCGAUUAAAGCCAAAAGGCUUUCGAAACACAGAAACUUACGAUCAAAAGGAGGACGUAAUUGUAUUAGAAGACCGUGUCGUAUUCAAGUGUUACCAUGAGGUAGAUGAUAAAAUGAACGAUGAUUGGAUCGUACGCCGAAUAUACUUCAGUCACAAAGAAAUACGUGGCUUAAUCAGGGGAUUUCAUUUCAUUAAAUUCCACAAGUCGUGGGUUGACUUGCCUUCACAAGGUCGUCCUGAAUGUUUCGCUCUUGCGGAAAGCAAUCGCCACGUUGCCAUGGCUUUGAAAUCUUUUAAAUACAUGAUAUUCGUAAAACGCAAAAAAGGUACAGGAAAGGUUAUUCCGAAAUACCAAAAAUGGUAUUCCUACGCGUGUGCUAUGGCGGUUCAGACAUGCCAUGUAUUGCAGUCAGCAGGGUCGCAGUAUGAAAAUGACCCUCGUUGGAUGAUAUGCGAGAGCGCUACCGAUAAGUCUCACUCUUUUGUGUAUGAGGACAACUUCCAUAAUCCUCCAUCGGAACCUAAUACUUGGACCAAACUUAUCAACGCAUUCCUUCACUAUACUUACAACCUGAGCAAUAAUCAGACUUUGAUUUCCAGUCUGGACUGUGAUGAACACGGGCAGAUCAGUAACUUGUUAUGCUAUGUUAGAAACAGCCCUCCAUAUCACGGCCGUGAUGAUCCGAAACUGGCAACUUUGAUCGAUCGCCAAUUCAAGCUUUUUGAAGAGCAGCAUGUUUGCAAUAAGAUUUGUGAGAUGCUUGGUAACGUUCCUUUUUGAAUUGUUGUAACCGUGAUAUGUGU